GAGUCUGGAACUAGCGCAUGUCCGUUAAUCAACGAUCUUACAUAACGUUAAAUUGGACGACGAUCGCGAUCAUCAGGCAAUUCUGAAGAGUUGCGUAUACUUUUGUCGAUAAAACCCUAACUACACCUAUCUCAGAUCAAAUGCUAAGGAUUGGAACUCUUUCCAGGGCUCUAGGGAAACCUGUAAGUAUUUCUCUCUAUGAAAAAAUGAAUCAUAUCUGAUAAAAUUGAUUUUUAAGAACGAUUGAUAUAGAUAGUUCUCGCAAUGAGUUCAGAUAACAUGUAUUGUAUUUAUUUGUUUGUGCAAGGUAAAUAUAUUUUGUUUCAUAAAGAAGCAGACAGAUGCGUAACUGUUGCAUAAUAAAAAUCGUAUCGUUUACUCAAAAUGAUUGGCCCUGAGACAAUUUGAUUUCAGAGGGUGACUACUUUAAAGUGCUAUUUACUGACUUGAAGAAUCGUCUCAGUUAUUGAAUCAGAUCUUGAUUAUUUCUUGAAGAAUCGAAAACGCAAGAUAGUUAUUCAGCGAGUCUUUCUGCGUCGUUUUGUAACAAAUGGAGAUCAAGAUAUUCCUUUGAAAGAAAGUACAAAUCUUUCUGAAACAACUAUUGGUAAAAUUUCCGCACAGCCCCAUCCUACAUUAUGCAUUCAGUUCUUGAUUGAGAAAACAUUGAUAAAAACAAUACAUUGCCAUCGGGAAAACAAUUUUGUUUUACAAUAGUAUGGGGCUCCGUUGAAAUUUUACCUAACUAAUUGUGAUCGGUGGAUUUGAUGCACAAUUUGCUCGUUUUGGCUUUUAAAUGUCUACGAUGGAUAUCAGAACUGCUCUAAGUCCCCUUAGAGUGACCAGCGUCUAAAUUCUCCUGACAAUAUCACCCCUGAAUCAAACUUUAAGAUCACAAGAAUAAUGGAAAUGAUCACCAACUGAUUAAAAGAAGCUCUUGAUUGUCAAACAAAUUCUCCUUGCCAGUCCCUCAGGAAGUGUACAGAGAACAGCAUGGAGAAUAUGCAUAGUGAUGGUAGGGUGUAAAGGGUUAAGGCUUUCAUUAUGAGUCAGUGAUUGUUGAAGUUCUUUCCUUAAUUUUUGUAUUUAUAUACCUGUUAGGGAAGCUCUCUGCGAUGUCUGGUGUCAGGUAGAUGUGCAUCUACUUUGGUUGUUGCAGAGCACAACAACAAGUCAGUUGUUCCUAUAACUCUGCAUGCAAUUGCAGCUGCUAGUAAACUUGGUGGUGAGGUAUCAGCCCUUGUUGCUGGAACCAGCUGUGGAAAGGUUAGUAGUUGUAUGUGAAUGUAUUUGAACUUUUACAGAGAACUACAGCUAAAUUAAAUGUUAUCAUUGCUUCCCUGUGGAAUUAAGUGCUAUUACACAGUCAGGCAAUUUGUAGACUUCUUUUUAACAAACAUUUGUGUGCACUGGUUGUAGAAUCUACAGUACUUCCUGAGUGUGCAGUUUCAUUCUUACAUUAUGUUCUUUCUAUAUACUGCAUAUUACCAGCAAUAUUUAACUGACUACACUUUGGUUUAAGAAGUUACUUAAAACACCACUUUAAUUUUGGCUGAAUUAUAAAACUAUGUGACUUGAAAAACUCCAUUGCUUACUGAAGUAUUUGUACAUUUUCCACCCUUUUAUUAGAUAUCAAAGGAAACUAUAAUUUAUGACAGAUAUAUUACUCACAUUUACAGUACUUUCAAACACUUUCAAACACUAUUAAGUGAGUAGUAAAAAAAUAGCUCAGCAUUAUAGCAUUAAAUUGAAUGACUUCAUGCAAAUUCUACCAAAUUAUUGGUGUGUUCUGUUUCCUUUACAGGUGGUUGAAGAGCUGAGUCAAGUGGAGGGAUUGAGCAAGAUUUUAGUAGCUGAGCAUGAAGCAUACAAAGGCUUCUUACCUGGUAAUUAAGGGAAAAUUUUGGCAAUGAAAAGCAUGGCCAUUACCCAAGUCUCAGUUUAGAGGGUUCAGUUGGUGCAUGGAUUGAUUUCACCCAUUUAUUGUCAGGCAUUAAGUGUGCCAGAGCACUUUAUAGAUGUUUAAAAUGUGUCUGUCUAAAUGUUGAUUGAAAUCUUCUUGGUUUGUUAUUUAAGACUUCUGCACCUUUUAUCUUUGUACAGAGGUUUUAGCCCCACUUGUCGUUGGAACUCAAAAACAGUUCAACUUUUCACACAUAACUGCUGGUGCAACAGCCAUGGGAAAGGUACAGUACAUUUUACACUCUUGUUGUUUCAUUGAAAAAAAGCAAGAGACUCUGAUUUCACCAGUCUCAAAUAAAGUAAUCUGAGCAAGCAUUGAGAGAAGAGGCUCACAGCAUCCUUGUUUGAACAUGCUUAUCCCAUAGUGGUAAAAAUUUCCUUUUCUACCAAGCAAAUUUUUUCUCAGUCUUAAAAUAUUUUUUUCCAGAAUGUUCUUCCUCGCGUGGCUGCAUUGUUGGAUGUGGCUCAAUUGCAGGAUGUGAUAGAGAUUCAGUCAGAGGACACGUUUGUGCGAACAAUUUAUGCAGGUACAUGUAUGAUCAGUUUGGUUUCUAGCUCUGUUUAGUUUCUAGUUCUAGCACAUAUUUUGCAUGUCAGAAAGUACAUGUAAGUAUUAGUCUCACUCUUGACUAGUUUGUGAGAUUUGCCACCUCCAACCUUCUUUCUUUUGUAUCCAUUGUUGACCAACUCAAAGGACGGCCUUCAUCCGCAACUGAAAACCUUUUUGAAUUUGCAUAAUUUUACUUGUUGGUCAAGGUUUACGUUCUGUUGCUCUUCGCCGGUUUUGAACAAAAUGUAUUCUGCGACAGAUAUCUGAAAAAAAAAAAACGCUGUGGAGAUGCUAAGGCGAAUGUGACAAAAAAGUCGGCUUUGUUUGGGCCUCUUGUUAUGCAAAAUGGUUUUAAAGUGUGAUCUACUAAUGAGCUUCACUAAAUGCGUUUGCGUUUGCAUGGACACGCAAACGCUAACGCAUUAAGUUCAAAACGCCAAAGUGUUGGCUCUGCAUGGGGAACGCGUUGAAUGGUUCGCUUAUCUUCGAGCGGUACUGUACAUUGUAAACUAUUUGAUUUUUGUUUUCUUUUUUUUUGUGUGUGUGCUAGGCAAUGCUGUGUUGACAUGCAAAAGCAAUGACAGUGUGAAAGUGUUUACUGUCAGAGGAACUGCCUUUGAAGCAGCCAAAGCGUCUGGUGGGGGAGUUGCAAGUGAAAAUGGUAAUGAAUUACAUUUAGGGCCAUUUUCAAAGAAUUGUUUUAAUACUGUAUUGAUAAAUAUGAAUGACUAGAUGCCAGUUAUUGAAUAAUAAGGGGUUAGUGUAUGUACAUGUAGUACAUAGGACUCUAGGGAACUUUUUCUUGUUAGGUGUGGGGGACAUGUAGAACCAAUGGUUAAUGUGCUAGUUCCUGGAUGGAGAGAUCUUCCACAGCUCCUGGGGUGAGACUCCAUAUUCUCAAAGUGACUCUCUUCAUCCAGUAAUAUCAACUGGCACUGACAGUCUCUCAAGAGAACCUGACACAAUUCUGGGUUAAGCUGUGACGAACUGGUAUUCCAUCAAGGGGGGGAGGGGAGGGGUGGGAGGGAGUAGUAAGUAGUAGUAAUUAUCCUAGCCACAUCAUGCUAAAGAAGCUAAAAUAAUACCAGGCCUGAUGAGUCACUUGGCCCCUUUAGUGCUUUCUUUACCUAUAGCUUGUUAAGAGGCAGUGUGCAGCUAACUUUAUUGUUACACUUCCUUACAGCACCUGCGGCAGAAACAAGCAAUGAUCUGUCAUCAUGGGUUGGGGAGGAGUUGAAUGUCAGUGACAGACCAGAGUUGACAAGUGCCAAAGUUGUGGUGUCUGGAGGUACGUCAUUAGUUGUUUUUUACAUUCUGGAGGUGGUGUUGCAUAUGAUGUUAUUCUUAUGCACAUGAUGGCUCAGUUGGAAAUUCAUUUCCAAACUUUGAAAUUGAGAAAAAUAAUGACUGAUAUGGGUACAUAUCAUUUCAUAAAUGGUACUUUAUUUCAGGCAGGGGAUUGAAGAAUGGUGAAAACUUUGAAAUGCUCUAUAAACUGGCUGAAAAAAUGAAUGCUGCAGGUAAGCUAAGUGAUUGUUUUACAGGUAAAUCCUUGUUUGUUUUGUUUCAAUGUGGCAUUGCAGUUUACUGCCUAAUAAGGAUACAAGCUACUUGUAUGCUGUCAACAAUUCUUUUUUUUUUUGUUUUUUCUUCUCGCAGUGGGUGCCUCAAGAGCAGCUGUUGAUGCUGGAUAUGUACCUAAUGACAUGCAAGUUGGACAGACAGGCAAAAUGGUUGCCCCUGUAAGUUACCUUGGGAAACUGCCUUGCAACUGUACAUACUGUAUUCAAUGUAAUGAUGGAACAAAUGAAAUGCAUUUCUGAGGAAAAAUUCAUGCCUUGAUGAACAAUUACUGUUCACCUUGUGACCACAUUGUUUAUGUGUAUCUCUAUUCAUGUGUUUUAUAGGAACUGUACAUAGCUGUGGGUAUUUCUGGUGCCAUCCAGCACUUGGCUGGGAUGAAAGACAGUAAGGUGAGAGACCAGGUUUUUUUCCUUUAUGUAUGUUUGAAUUACAACUCUGUUUUAUGCAUUUGCAAACUAACCUUUGUUACGCUGUUUCAUACCAUAGACUAUUGUUGCAAUCAACAAGGACCCAGAGGCUCCAAUCUUUCAAGGUUGGUAAUAACUAUUUAGAAAUGUGCUCUAGUAUAUUGUGACUUUAUGAUACCUGCAUGUGGCAAUCAUUUUUACAAAAAUCUGCUUGUUUGUAGCAACUUAAGUAUAGUAGAAUAAUAGACUCAGUGUUAGUCCAAGGUGGUGCCACCUGCAGAUUACUGCCCUUUGGUGAUGCACUGUAGAUGUCUCCUUCAUUUCCCUUUCUCUCCAUGUUUCACUGCACUUGUGGUGAUAGCUGUUUGACCACCAGGCUUGACCAUGAACCACUAAAUCAUGAUUGUAUGAUACAUCAUUGUAAAGGUAUUUUUUGGGGUAUGCUAUAGAGGACACCAACAGGUGUGGAGGAGGUAACUGAAAAGACAGAGAAGUGUCCAAAGUGAAAAAUGAAAAACAACGAAAUUUUUCAUUUGCUUUGUACAUAUGGGGUAUAGAACUAAACUGUAGCUUAAAUUGCAGCUCUCAGAGAACUGAGUGUGGUGAGAUAUCACCAGAACCAAAACUGAGUACAAAGAAAAAUAGUUACAAAAGUUGCAGGGGUGGUUAACCAAGACUAAUAUUGGAGGAGGCCGUGAUAUUAUGCCUUCAGAGUGCAGAUCUUUCAAUGAAAUUUUGGUUGUGAAAAUUUCAGAAAAAAGGAAUAAAUAUUAACCAUGUAAUGGCGUCUUGUACCAUAAGGCACUCUCUGGCAUUAAAGGUUUAAGGCUGAAUUUGAAAUCAGGAGGGUGAAGGUUCAAAUCCUUCACUUUUCCGGCUCUCAAUUGGAUUAAUCUUUCAGCAGGUGGACUCCUCUGAGUUAUUUUUGGUGCUCUUUAGGCCUCUAGUUUGCCUCCACUGGUUGAGUGUGACUUUGGUUUACCUGCUCAUUUUUCUUUCCUCUACUCAUGCCACCAUGUACCUAACCUACAGUAGUUCUACCACAUAAAUGAUAUCAAUCUCUUUAUGCCCAGCAUUCCUGCCCCGUUAUGUUUCAAAGUAACUUAAGUCCUAAAUGGUACUUUGUUUGCUUUUUAUCAGUUGCUGACUAUGGUUUAGUCGCAGAUUUAUUUAAGGUAUGGAACAUGUCUUUUUGUACCGUGUAGAUAGCACGUCACAAUGUAGAUCUCGUAAAGAAAUAAAAUAACAUGUACUUUAUUCUUCGUUACUUAUCUGGCUCUGCACAUUGCUAACAAUAUGUGGGGUGUAGAUUGUUUACUUUAUCGACAUUGCUAUUCUUGAGUUGCAGUACAGUAUACUAAGUGUAGCUUUCUUUAUUCGUUUAGGUCUCUAAUUUUGCCAUCAUUACUUCAACAGGCGGUUCCUGAACUGACGGACAAGAUCUGAUUUAUUAAACAGC